AUGAGGAUCGUCAUUUUAAUCGCCAUCAUUUUGCUUAUCAUACAAUCUGAUACUGUGGCCAGCAAACGCAACCAUGAGCAAAAACGCAACGAAAAAAACUCGAAAACAGUUGAAAAUCAGGAGCAACGAGAUAUGUCGUUGUUAUACGGUGCUAUGAAAGAUUUUGAGAAAUCUAGCCAUACAAAGGACGUUCCUUUUAAACGUGGCGAAACUGAUACCCCAACUACAAAGACUAUGUCAAGAAAAAGUAACAAAUUUGUGAUACACCGAAUGCGGGCUAGGAAUAUGUACAAAGAAGGUCGGAAAAAAGUGUCUGAUCAUGGAAAGACUAAAGAAGAUGCUAAAACCCAUAGCAGAGUAAUGCCCAAUCACCAUUCAGAGAUGAGAGCGCCUUCUAUUGUUGGACAUGGUCUGAAUUUAACAGCUUCCCCAAACGGUAAAGACCUUUCAGUGAGAAGUCACAGAGACAAAAUAUCCUCAGCUUUCAAAAGGUAUAAGGUUCCAAGAAAACACCACAGACAUACAAGGAAAAGGACAAAGGUGGAAGAAGCUAUGACCAAAGAAAGACAAAAUAUUGCCAAGACAAUCGAGUCUUUGGAUGACUUUCCAGGGUCUUUUUCCAAGGGACUUGACUUGGAUGGGAUGGACGUGACUGAAGUUACUAUGAUUGACAACAACACUCUCUCAGACUACUUUCAUGCUUUAAACGACAAUUCAAGUCAAAACACCGCCAAUAACAAUGGCAAUGAAGACUCAAUAUACACACCUACGUCACCCUCGACGCCGACUUCCAAGUAUUCAUGGGAUGACAAUUCGCCUUCAUACACGGAGGACAGCAGCAGUGACAGCAACAGGGGUAACGAUGAUUUCUACGAUGCUAUUGAAAAUGGUGACAAUCCACCUACGAUUAAAACGAAGAAGGCUCGACCUACAAAAUCGCAUUCUCAAAAGUACAUUAGUAGAUCAAGCACAGCUGCCAUAUCUCCUUCACAGACUUCAAGCGCAAGCACACAGUUUCGACAGCCUCCUAUUUCUCGGGAACCUUCUCAAGAGGAUUUUGACAACUUUUUUCGAGGAAUGCUUGAUCACUUUGGCCACCUAAGAAGGCCCAAUGAAACGGUGAAGCAGGCAAACACAGUUGAAGUAAAUUCUCAAGACACGCAUGACAACCAAAAAAAUGUAACAGCUAUCGUAGACGGACAUGAUGGACUUAGUAAAGCAAACGUAAAAAAACUGGUUUCGCUUGGAAGCCCAGAAAAAGAAAAGUGGAGUCCACUGCAGUUUUGAAUACUCCGUUUUCCGAAACUAAAGACGUUGGGACGGAUAAACAAGGAGCAGGGGUGGCAUCGUUUCGUCCAACAUCGAAUUACGGAGUGGAAAGACCUUCCGGCGAAAGUAUGAAUUCAUCAAGUAAACUUUCAUCAUCACAGCAGAGUCCCCCAAGUCCCCCAGCAAAUUUCGAAAGUCUACUUACAAACUCACACAAACCAACCCAGCAGCAGACAGCAAAAGUUACUCCUACCGUUGGGAGACCGCAAGACGCUCUUUCAUUACCAUCACCUUCUGUAGGAACACGUAUCAUGGGAGGAAAGAUAUCCGGUGGUCAAAUAUCCGGUGGUUUAAUAGAAGGGGGACAUAUCAAAGCCGGAUUAAUAGAAGGUGGUAUCAUCAAAGGGGGACAGGUUGUUGGUGGCCAAAUAACCAACGGAACCAUGGAAGGUGGAGUGGUUGUGAAUGGGAAAAUGUUGGGUGGACACUUGGUUGAUGGGCGACUUGAAGGAGGGCAGUUACUCGGUGGAAAUGUUUUCGGUGGGAAAAUAAUGGGAGGGAGCGUAGAAGGGGGAGACAUGAAAGGCGGAGUGGUGGCAGGUGGAAGAUUUCGAGGGGGAAGCAUGCAAGGUGGACUGCUUAAUGGAGGUGAAAUUCAAGGAGGGACAGUGAAAGGCGGCAAAGUCGAAGGUGGCAUUGUGCACGCAGGUAACAUAGAGGGGGGUGAAUUAAAAUUUGGAGAUAUAUCAGGUGGCACUCUCAAAUCGGGUGCGAUGCUUGGCGGGGUGCUAAAGAACGGCAGCAUAGACGGAGGAACGCUUAAGGGCGGAGUAAUUGAAGGGGGGAUUUUAAAAGGCGGGGUUAUGGAAGGUGGACAUCUAAAGGGAGGGCUUGUUCUAGCAGGUAAAAUUAAGGGUGGGACUAUUGAAGGAGGGGUGAUAGAGGGGGGUGAAAUUGGAGAUGGGGUUUUAAUUACGGGGGGUAAGAUAAAUGCUACGAUCAUAGGGACAGGAAGUUCUAUGGAAAUGAACCGGAAGCUUGGUGAGUUGUUUAAACAAGGGGAGAAUUCGCAGAAGUUAGAGCUCAAAGUUCACCAGCAAAGAUAUCACCAUGGGAUUCACAAGGUUCAGACCGCAGCAGAAUUCAUGUCAGACUCGCUCCCAAGUCCAAAAGUGCCUACUCCAACAACACAUCAGUACAACACUGGCUUGAAAGGAAUAAGUUCAAAUUUGAACGUUAAGAUUCCUUUGCGGGAAGGAGUUCUUAAAAUGCUUCCGAAACAACACGAAUCUUCGGAUGACGACGAUUUAGAAAAGUUAUUGAAUGAGAGGAAAGCUAAAAAUGAAAAUAACCUUGAGGCAGAACAGUCUUCUCAGCGGUUCUUUGAAGAAAAGGUACCAGAUCGAGUCACACAAAUCCAAAAGAAAAGUAGUAAGCACCACAUCGUUUUUGAUGGUGUUGGGUUUGAUCUUCCUAACGAAGAUUUCAUUGAUCUCAUCGAUAAAAUAAAGAGUAAGGACCUCAUUAAAUUCUAUAAAACGCCAGAUACGAAGGAAAAGUCAAAUUUAGAACAAAGAUUGGAACCAACACAUUCUGCAUCUUCGCCGAUAAAGACUAUUGAGCACAUUAAACCCGAAGAUCUGGAGAUGAAACUCAGUUUCCCUACAAAAGCCAGAUCUAGUGUUACCCACUCGGAUAAAGAGUCCGAUGACGUGGAGAAGACACCUUUACACAAACUAUACGGAAAAGAAGGGGCGCUGGGUUGGAACCCAAAGGACCGUGAGAGACGUAAGUUGCUUAUUACAAGAUCCUUAUUACAAAACUGAUAAAUUCUCAAUGCUUGCAUUCUUGGAUUUAACACUUUAUGAUGAAGUGGGCGCCAUAAGAUAUUGCCCGGUAGGGUGACAAUAAAAGUACAUUAAAGGAUCGGCCAAUUAUUCCCCUGAGUGAUUUGUUUCAUUGUUCCUCCUUAAGACCCUCAUUACAUAAAGUGUGUUUCUGUAUAUUAUUUUGUUCGCCUUUAAUAAGCUUGGAGCGAGCUUAAUAGUUUGUGUAAUGUGAUACGUGUAAUUCUACUUGCAUACAAUAACUUAUAUUGAUUUUAAGAAUUAUUCCACCAGCGCAUGAUAUAUUUGAAAUUAAACAACGGUGCGAUGCAAUUUAUUAACUGAUCAGAAUGAUCAAGGAAAGGAUUUAAGGAAAGAUUUGUCUCCAGUAUCGGCCAAAAAACCGUGGAACUGAAUUAUACAUUGAUUUAGUUUUUACCUCAUCAUAUACCACACAGACGAAUAGUGUUUUACACCCGCUCUGGUUGGCUAAUUCCGAUGUACAUGGCAAACCAGUGCUUGAGAAGGCGCAAAGAGCUGGUGUUGCCCAUUUGUACGUAAUUGUAGGGAAAAUAGUAAAUGCUGGUCCCGCUGGCUAAUUACUAAAUUAAAUAUAUAACUUAUCUUAUAAUAAGAUACGUGAGAUACAUAAUUAUUCACUUCCUUGCUGGUGAUAGGUAUGAAAAAUUACCUAAAAGAUUUCAUAAGGAAAUAUUCACCCGGCUUUUCACCUUCGACAAAAAAUAAAGCGGGACAACUGAUAACAAAAGGUUCAUUCGGACCACAGUUAAAAUAAGGUAUAACUAAAUAACACCAACUUAUAAGCGUGUUGUUCUUUGACGAUUUUAAUUUCCAGUACGGCCAACUUAUCACUGGUCUUUAAACAAACGCAUUAAAGAUCGGAUUCCGGGAAGUCCUGGGCCCGCUAUACGAACCCACGGAGAAAUGAAAGCUAUUCGAGGAGGACUGCAUCUUAACGGUAACAAUUCAUGGCUGGGAGCUGGUGACUUCUCAGGAGGCUGCAUAAGCGGUAUGGUAGCAUUCCGGCUGUUGUAACUGUUGCUUUUCUUGUCGUAACUUAAGGGUAGAAACAAAGGACCUGCGGGUUCUGGAGGUUUAUUGGGAGUAAGAGAUCGGAAACUCCUGGAGCGCCAAUGGAGCCAUGUUUUCCAAAGGUGCUGGAACGUUUCCUCAGAGAAUUUUUGGCCGUUUCAGGGAACUAUUAUCUCAGCUAAAAAUUUUGAUAUCUUCAGAAGCCUUUCGUUCUUUAAAAAGAUAGUCAGGACAAGUGCAAUUUUCAAGGAAGCAAUUAGCAUGCCGACAUUUUAAAACUUUUUUCUUGGACGUAAAGGAACCAAAAACAGCAGUUCAGUCCACUGCCGGACAAGUGCUGGGCAAAGGUCUAAUUGGGGUUCCAACACGUUCUUCUAAAUUUUCAGCUCCUAGACUGAAUCCGCUAGAGAUCACUGACUACAACUUAUAUAAACACCUAUCUGAUUAUAAGAACUUAAUUUGUAGAUCCAGAUACAUGCGAAGAUGGCUUGUCGUUUGAGAUGACCUUUCGUUUAGACAAAGAUGCAUUAAAGUAUAACGACAUGAAAUACCUCGUCGAUUCCGGAGCAUCGACAUUCAACUCUAAAGGAUUCAGUCUCUACACCGUUCACGGAAAUCUGAGAGCUGAUUUAGCUAUUGCAGAUCAUGAGUUUUGUUUGCAAAUCCCGUUAACAGUCCAAAAAUGGCAGGACAUUCUUGUCACUUGGAAGAAAAGCGAAGGUAAGGGCUAUUGCAUUACAUUGACAUUUGCGGCUCCGUGGAAAUAACUCGGCCGAUUGGUGCAUGAGCAAGAAAAAGCAAAACGUUCUGAUCCCGUAAACCUGAAGUCUAAAGUCUUAAAAAUAUCAAAACGCACCUUCUCUAAAUAUUUCUUGAGGUAAUAAAGGAAGGAUAUGUUAUUAUUGUGGUUUUCAGGAAUGAAGAUGUACAUAAACUGUGAACUGAAGGCACAUACCGAGGGAAGUGAGCACUGUAUAGGCUGUCACUCUAGAGGCUGCCACAUGACAGAUAUCAACACCCUACUGAUGAUUGGAAGGCCGAAUUACAGCCCGCACUUUCACUGCACUAAGUUUGACAGUGGUGACGUCUCCUUCUGGGAGAAGUACUUGUCGGCUAAAGAUGUGGAAACACUAUGUGGAGCACCCACAGGUAAGGGUUGAUUUAGAUGUCAAAUUCCAAGUCAUUUUUAAGGCAACAGAGAAACCACCGGAGCCUUCACUCUUAGUGUUAAAAACAGGACACGGCGAGUAAACUUUUCUUGAAGUAAUAAGUAAGCCUCAAAUUUGUGACCAAAAUUUAGUCUAGUAAGUAAACCGUGGGGGAGGGGGAGCUGUGCGUGACGACUCCUUUAAUGCCCAAGUCCGCCUAUAGAAGCUAUUUCAGUACGUUUCGGCUAAAUAGUGCUAGUAUGCAAAAUAAUGUGUGAUUUGGUUAUUAGGUUAGGAACUAGAGAUUAUGCUAAAUAGCAAGUUAAUUGGUCAAAAUCCACUCAAUUACUGAGCUUUUGUCACGUUGUUUUGCAUACAGAGAAUAGAAUAGAGAAUAGAAUAGUAAACUUUAUUAAUGUGUCGGAGCUGUGUAGCUUGGGAACAACCCCAUACUAAAAAAAUUUCUAAAAUAUGCCGCUUGUGGAGUCCUGCUUUCAACUUACAGCCAUGUUAAAACUACUUUAUUUCGGCUGUUUUCUUUGUUUGCCACCGCGUUAAUUGGCAAAUAUGACCUAGCCAUAAAACAACAAAUCAUUGCACGGUUGCACGUUAAUCGAUACCCGAUAUUCUAAACGCAUGACGGAUGUAAAAAUGAUAGACUGCAUGGCAAAUUUUAUUGUGAAAUUAAAAACUGACACCAAAUCUCUCUAAAACAUUAAAUAUGGUGUAUUUCUAAGGAAAAUACUUUAAUGGGAAAAAAAACUUAAUACACGUAUCAUCGGCAAUAUGUGGGAACAGACAGAAGUUAAACGUGAAAGAAAAAUUAAUUAUCGUUCAUUUUAAUUUCACACCCUAUAUACUUUAGUCACAGGGUUAAGCUUUGCCGAGUCGUUCAUAUGAGCUACUCUGAUUCGCUCGGGAAGGAAAGAAAAUCAUUUAUUAAGUGUGACUUUUCCGUAGGCUAUGACCCAGUGUUCUUUUCAUUGAGUGCAUUAUUUGUUUUUCACUAUUGUUCACUUAACGAAACUUCCGGUGGUAUAUUCUUCAUUUUUGUAAAAACAAAACAAAACCCGCGCAGAAGGCGGAAUCGAACCGCUCCGACGCUAAUCGGCUACAGGUUUGAAGCCUGCACCCCACACCAGUGAGGCUCAUCCGCGCAAUGAUAUAGUAGGGAACUCUUGAGUAUUUAUUAGAUUAUUAUUGUGCAUUCUCGCUCAUGUGGUGCGUUAGUCAGUCACACUUUCUUUUUUCUUUCUUUCGAAAGCAAUUUGUCUCAGAGAGAGUGUUAAACAUGCAGUUUUAUGUUUUACAUGUUGCUGUGAGCAGUCAGAACAAAUAAAAUAAUAAUUUUGUCUAUAAGCAAUAACAUCUCUUUCGAAACGAUAUGCUAUGCCAUAGGCGCAUGCGUAAUAAGUGUUUCGAUUUUUAGUUGUCUACUAUGUUGCUCUUCCCUGAUGUUUCUGAAUGUUACCCGUUGCAAAAAGGAUAACCCCUUUCUGCCAAAGCCAAAAUUUUCAUUAAAAAUAUUUUCAUUGCUAAAUAUUGUGAGUCAAUCCUUUAAAGGAAUUUCAAAAGCGUUGACCGUAGAUUUUAGAGUAGGGUGACUGAGAAUGUCGGCUUAAGAAAGCAUUCUGCGUGAGAUACAGUAAUUAAAUAUAAAAGCCUUGAGUGCUACGUUAAACUAAGGUGCUACCUAAUUAAUUCAUCUUCUCGUCAUGGUGAACAUUUCAGCCAUGUGCCGGUUAAUCUAUAUUUCUACUUAAUCAUUUUGUAGGUGAAAAGGAAGCGUUCAGUGAAUCGAUAUAUCUGCCCACUCCCACUAUUCUCCCGGAGGUCAGUCAACGGAAAUUUUUUUCACCAACUGUCAAUCAAGCAGCAGUUCACGCUUACCCACUUCAAAGUUAUAUAGCAAAUCAGCUGUAUUUUAAUCGUUAUACAGGUAAGGGUGCAGAGCCGCUUUCUUCAGUUACAAGUUCUCUUUCGAGGCACUUCGAAAGUAAUAAUCCACAUGCUUUAUUUCCUGGUGUCUCAAAAGUGCGUAAAAAACAAGACAGAAAUAGUCUCGCUUUAGAACACACCAAAGGGCGUUGGGAAAAAGUUUCCUCGAGGCAACUGACGUUGCCUAUUUCAUCUAUAGUCAGGGGUGUGGUAAUGCCUUCUACAAUUAUAACAGCAUCAACUAUUUCAAAAUCGCACGAUAGCCCUAGAUUGGCCGGCAUUGCCCGUUCCAACUCUUUUCUACUUCAUAAGCUUUUCCCUUACUAUGCAAAGCAGGCUUCACAAACUGAGACUAGUCAAAGUACAAAAGGGCAACAGGAUAGAUUAACCCAAUCAAGAGCAGAUUUUAGUUUCCCCUUUAACGUUGCGUUUCAGUCUAAGCCCUCUUUGCAAAGCACACCGGUUCUAAAAAAUACAGUAACACCAUACAUUAACUAUAAAACCAUAAGUAGUCGAUAUGAGAAUCAAAACAUCAUAGCCUCUAGUUCACCAAAUGGCUAUAAUGAUGCUAGCAUCGUUCCUUACAAAAAUGCCAGGUUAAGUCAGACUGCAAAUGGGUUAAUGCAAGCUUCUUUUGACCCAUAUUCACACCUAACAAAUCGAGUAACAGCAGCUUCUACUAAUAUCUUAUCAUCGCCUAAUACGCAUGAGCCCGCUCUAUCGACAGAACGAGUAGGCGAUAUCGCUGGUGUUUCGAAACAAUUCUACACCCGGCUGUUGCCGUGGGGAAACGAACGUAGAAAGGUCCCAACUGCAGACAAAAUUGUGACUGAGGGGGAACUAAAAGAAAAGGGGUUGCUGGCACAUAUUUUGUCACGUGAUCAUAUCAAUUAUAGCACGCGUGUUAUAUCGAAAAAGAGUAACCGUAGCCACUAAACGAUAGGGAAAUACAGUGGCGAGUGUCUCUACCUAAAAUAGGACUCAGUUCAGGAAAGUAAGAACCUAGAUUUGUCUGCUUGCAGUAUAAAACCGCAUCGAAGAUGAAGCAAGAGAUUUGAUUCACUGAAAACAGACAGCAUCGUGUGAACGUAAAAAAAAAUAUUAGCACAAUGUGAAUUUCCGCAUUACAAUUUAGUACCCUUUCUAAUCAGUAUUGUUGGAAGACUUAACCAGUCCAUCUCUUUAUUCUUUUUUUAACUAACUAACACAUUAUCUAGCCGAAAGGGUUUUCUCUUGCUAAUUCUUUGAAAGGUUCACAAUUAAGACAAGUCAAACGCAAAUAAUAAUCUAAGUAUCAUAGGCUUUAGACAAAGCGUUCUUGUUGUUACUCCUAAUCAGUAGAAAUAGCGGACUAAUUUCCCAAAGACAUACACUGAAACUAGCUGAGUAUUAGAUACUUGUAAUCAGGAUUCAAGGACUAAAACGAACAAGCAAUUUACUACCAAGAAUCUGCCAAUAACAUUUACUGCACUAGAAGGAGAAUGAGGCAAGAUUAUUCCACUAACAACAGUAACCUAACCAUCUCUGUAGCUCUCGUCGUCACUCGCCUCUGAUCCAUCUUAUGAGUUUUUCCAUGCGUUUUAGUCAGUUUUUAAACCAUACUUAACUCAGUUACCACUGCAGUUGUUCGACGUGAGAAAAAUGCAGUACAUACGUUUGGCGGGUCCUUGGAAAGAUCUUCCGAUUUGGAGCAGAUUUUGCCGGUUGCUAACAUUGUGACCUAUUCUUUUAAAUCUAUUACCAUUAUGGAUGUGACUGGAAACUAUUGUGAGUUUACACUAAAGCAUGUAUUCUAAGAAUAAAAGGAUAUUUCACGUUUUCUAGACGUUGAUUACUGGAGCGGUAAAAUCCUUCCCUGCGAUGCGUGUUGCGCUUGACAAUGCCUCAAUUUGCAUCCGUUCUAAGGAGCCGUCCCUUCUGUCUGUCGUACUGCAACCCUUCCAAUUAUCGUUACCGGUAUAAUACCGUAUUUCUUGUUGUCUACAUUACAAAUAACUAAUCCCCUUUAGGCCGCAGCCAAUAAUAGGUUCGUUUGCGAGAUACCGGGCACUUGAAACGUGACCAAGAAGCGAAGCCUCAAACUGGGGAAGAGUAUAAGAUUUUGGAACCAUUGCUGGUACAACUUCAGGCAAACAAAUUUCAAGGACUUUUCAAGGAUUUUUCAAGGACAAAUUACAGUUUUUAAGGACUAAGAUAAAUCGGCAUUCUCAGCCAAGAGCGGAGAAUCCUCGCCCCCUCUUCACACCCCCCCCCCCCACCACCCCCUUUCCACCUCAAAGACAGCAACCAAGACAGGAGUCUGAUACAUAAAAUAUGAUUCUCCGACUAAAUUCCUAAACGUAGUACUCAUUACAGAUCGACAAAUGGCAUAGAUUUUAGUGUUGUAUGCUGACAACGCAUUCGUAACGAAAUAGUAAAAAGAAAAAGAUUUUGAAAUGUAACGCAAACCAAACGCAAAAAAUCAGCGCCCUGAUAGCCGGAAAAUUCGAUUUGGUAUCGCGCGAUUUUUCCACUUUCCGUUAACAACUACCAUAACACGUGAGAUAUUGUGUUUAAUGAGUCACGAGAAAAUAAAUCGCCGGGUAGACCAACACCAGUGGUAGUGUACUCUGACUCAUAAAAACAAAGCCUUCUGCACAAAGGAUAAACCAAACCUUUUUAACUAAUCACAAAGCUUGUGCUGUGAGCACGUGGUUUCACUAUCUCAUCACUGCAAACUGAAGAAGACUCUGAACAGCCUAAAGUUUAACCCUUAAAAUGAUAAGCUCUUCAGUAGCACUUUGCUGCGGUACCAUUAAUUAUAAGGUACACUGUACAAGGUACACGACGUCAGAAGCUGUUCACUGAUUUGUACCAUUCAUGGUAGCUGUAGAUUUUGAGUGUGUGUCCAUUUCAGUGGCGCUGUUUAUGAUACUGUACAAGAUGAUUUAAAUAAAGAAAUUUUACCAAUACCUUCCAAAAUUAUUUGAAGUGCUCUUAUAGUUCAACGAAAGAAUUUGAUUCGGGAUAACAUUGAACACAGCAUAGACCAAAGGCCGGAUUCUGUUAUUCUCACAUACGCAAAGGAACAUUUCUAGCAACUAAUAACAGAGUGUCAAUUCUAUCUUGUUACGUUCCCUUCUCUUCAUCUUAGUUUGUAAAUUGUAAAGGACGCGGUACUUUAGUAAAUAGAGUAGGGAGACUGAAACUGGGGUAAACAGAGAGGGAAAAGCGAUUAGAUAAACGAAAACACAACAGCCUAUCGCAUUCCGCACUUGUGGAUUCACUAUGAACUUCUUUUAUACCCACAUAGUAUGUCUGCUGAUAGAUUACGCAGGUGUUUGGCUCAGAUUGACGGGUUAAAAAAGGGCCAUUGACGUAACUGUGAGGUGCAAAUGAUGUUCUAAACCUAAAAAUUUCAAUGCAGGACUCGCCACUAGGACCACUAACGUGGACCAUCAGCUGUUCACAUCGUGGAGUGCUUGGAGCGCAUGCUCAAAGACAUGUAGUGCUGGAUUCCGUACUCGCACGCGCUCUUGUAUCAACCCGAACCUCUUUCCAAAUCUGUGUCAUGGUCUUUCCAUACAACACCGAUCGUGUCUUGAUCGGUUGUGUACAGGUAGGGAACGCAGUUCAAAUUACGGUUGAUAAAAAGACCUGAUCUUAUUUCUAUCCAGAGUAAGCGGCACCCGCGUUAUCAAAGGAAAGGAGAGGAAAAAAUUCAUCUGUUUCUGUCUUUACGGACAGACGAACGCAGACCCAAGAGACGAAACGUAAACGCAGACCCUCUGAACAACUGAUAAAUGUUAAUACUUAGACGUAAUAGAUAAAGGAACUGGCACAAAUAGAGGAUGUCAAGCAAUAUCAGAAUAGAGGUGGCCGGAAAGACAUGAUAUAGGCACGAUUACAAGAACAUCGUCCUGGUUUUCCGAAACGACGGCUGGAUUGAAAAUAACGAACGAAAGAGAAUGGAAGGAAAGCGGAGUGUUUGACGAGCAUUUGCCGCGUCUAAGCGGAUGCAAGAGAAAACGCAAAAAUAGAAAAGGAGGAGAGAGAAGAAGGAGAAAAAACAUCAUAACGAACGUAAAAGGAAUAUGCCAAAUAAAGAAAUACAAUUAAUUAAAUGAAUGAAGUUAAAAGGAAGGGUCGACAUGUGAAAUUGGGUUGUUUCUGCUUUUGCAGUUCAUUCGUGCGAAUUCAUAGACGUUCAAACUAGAUUUUCCAGCAGCUGUAGACUCCUAAGUUAUUGUUAUUCUUUCUGCUAUAUUUCAGCAUAUACUUCGAUGUUAUCAGUCCUUUCCCCACAACGCAGCAGAUUUUUCCCUUUGGAGCAGGCCGCGAAAUCUUACACAGGUAUUCAUUCAAGUAAAGACAACUUUUGGUAUUUAUAUCACCGGCUUCUGUUUAACUAUUUUUACACAGAUACCGGUAUCGGCAGUCAGUAUUAACAAAGCACUUUACGUCUCUAUUAGUUGUAAAUUAAUUUAAAAAGGUAAAUGGGGAAAUGAAAAGCAACUGCAGUGAUACUCAAAGAAACAUAUAUUUCUCUUUAUAGGCAGCUUUCACUAUGCGGCUGCGAACAUUGGAAAGGAGAAUGCUCUUGCUCGAGCCAUGGCUGUAGGUAAGAGAAUAUAUGGAAACUUAAUUAUUUCCAUUACUAGUAUUUGAAGUUUUAUGCUACCUCGCGCUCGAAAGAGAAUGGAUAGUAGGAAAUUCAUUUUAGAACGUAAAGUUUUAAAGAGACCUGAGAGAGAGAAAGUCCGGUUUGGUCAGGAAAAUCGUAGCGUUAUUAAACUCAAUCGACAAACAUACUCGUUUUCGAGUUCACAUAAAUUGAUUUAUAUUCCGAACUCCCUGUUUCAUACUUUGAGUACGUGUCGAAUUUAAAGAGCUAGAACAAACAUCAGCAUGAAGAGAAAAAAAAAAUUAAAUAAAUGCGCCCAACGUGGGGCUCGAACCCACGACCCUGAGAUUAAGAGUCUCAUGCUCUACCGACUGAGCUAGCCGGGCGCUGUUGUGCUGGCAAAAUGCGGCAGAAUUAUAGGAUCUUCAAUCUCAAAUAAUUAACUGGACUACAGUUUCUUCGAAAGUACCCGAUCCUAUAAUCCUGCCUCACCUUACCAAAAGUUCUGUCUAUGUCUCCUUUCAUUGCAAGCAUGCACAAAGAAGCAACCAUAAAAGAAGGAUCAAAAUAUCAUUUAAGCAAGUUAUUCAGCACAUUCCUUCACUUGUACAAAAUAAAGUAGUGGCCGAAGGAAAAAGAUGGACGCCCAACGUGGGGCUCGAACCCACGACCCUGAGAUUAAGAGUCUCAUGCUCUACCGACUGAGCUAGCCGGGCGCUGUUAGUAAGGAAUGCCGACAAUAGCUGGCAGUAGACAACACUACCAAAAAACAAUACGGUUGAACAAGAAGCCGUAAUCAGAAACGAUGACCGAUUGAAAAAGUCAAAUGGGUUAUUUUUGUGGAAAAAAUUGCACCAUCGCGAGUAACACGUGCUCAAUUUUUGUGAGGACACCACGCUGAGGAAAAACAAACAUCGCAUGGCGUCGAAAAUUACCUUGGCUCAAACGACAGUUUGUAUAUUAUUUAAAUAAUAAACAUUCAUGAUUAUUUUAAACUCCUUCAGACGGCGGGUACGGUGAGUGGUCCGACUGGGGUGUUUGUGACAGAUCAUGUGGAGGAGGUGCUCAAGUGCGAACUCGUCUCUGUAACAGGCCCGUUCCCAGUAGGGGCGGAAAGAUGUGUCAUUCAUUAGGCCCAGCUAUUCAAGUACGGCGCUGCAAUCGCAAAGACUGCCCAGGUAACUUAUAAGUCAAUAAAAAUCCCUGAUUUUAAAGGAAAUUGGUCGUUAUAUCGGUUUUAGAGGAUUAACACUUACUAUACAUCUGCAUAAAAGUAUCGGUUUCAUCCGCUUACCUCAAGUUAUUCAUGUUAUAUCUUCAUGACUGUUUGCAUAUUUGUUGAUCUCUGUUGACCUUUGUUUACUCCAAGCUUUGCACUCAUCUACGGCCAUAGAGUGCUCAUUUUUACGUCAAGACAAGCCACCUAAAUAUUUUGCCGUCGAAGAACAUAAGAUUAGGUAUUUCUCUAAAGCUUAAUGUACUUGUUAGAACUUAUCUACUUAAACAAUUUCUUCAUGUACUGUUUUUAUUUUUAAGUGCGUGCACGGACGACACGCCACGGCGAUUUGCAAUACAAAACCUCGUUUGUUUAAGAGGUCAGAACGAACUGUUAACGCUUACUCUGUUAUAAACUUACCUUUAUACGUACUUCUGCCUUUCAAAGAGCAGAAAUUUCGCUUAAAAUCCCCUCAAAUUGUUAAUUUUUCGCGAACAUAUUUUUCAACUGACUCAAAUGACUGACACGAGCGAUGCGCUGUUUAAUUUUGGCGCGAAAUUUUAAUUUCCGGUUCUUAAAUGGCUUCCUUUGAGGAAAUAGGUAAGAAAUGUUAUCGAAUGUCACGAAGUCCACUACCAUGACUUCCCCAAUGAUAAAAGUUCCUUGUAUUUUCAGUCACUAAAAUAUAUGUAAUUUUAUUAAACAGUCGGAUAUAUUCCUAGGCUCGUAUUAAAUGCCCUAACGGAAAACGUAAAACUUAACUAUAUGAUGGAUUUCCGAGAUCCCCAAAAAAAUCAAAACGAAAAGCAUUAUAAAAAAGCACUGGCACAUUGUAAUGAUGCGCCACAUGAACGUAUGCCACCCACGGUCCUUUUAUUUAUUUAUUUAUUUUUUAAAUUUUCCACGCUAUACCCAAUACCAUACCGAUGAUUCCUCCUUGAAGCGAAGCGCAGUCGGAGUUCCCGGAGGGGGCGGGUUAGUCAACUUAGCCUCACUUUGUUUUGAGAUUCUCCUUUUUUGCUUGAGGGAAUAUUCGCUCUUCUUUAUAAAUGACUUUUUUUACUAAAUAUGCUCAAUUUAAGGAUUAGACGGUUGCCGAUUUUGUAAGCGCAAGUUUUAAGCAUCCGGGUCGCUUAUUCACGCCUACCCCUCCCCCCACGACACAUGUAUGCCCGACCAGGGAACCGUUUCUCGAAAGUCCCGGUAACUUUUCGGGCCCGGAAAGCUGUUUUAUGUUUGCCGUGUUUGCAUUUAAGGUCAAAAUUUCAAUAAUUUUGAAAAUGAUAGAAAUGAAACAAUCAGUUAACGAAGCAAAACUGACUGGUUUGUGUGCUAGGGACUGUGCUACUAUUCAACAGGAUCCAACAGGUUUUGAUUUGAAAAUUUGCCUUCGGACCCGAAAAGAUGCUAGACUACGAGAUGUCCCCCAUUUUUCCUCAGGGAUAGUAGAGCGAGCGAAACGCGAGCGCGUGAAAAUCACGCGCGCUUGCGUUUCUCUCGCUCUACUAUCCCUGAGGACAAAUGAGGGACUACUCAUAUGUCUAAACGGUUGCCGGGUUAUAAUAAUAAAUGAUGUUGGUGAUGAUAAUGAUGAUGAUGAUGAUGAUGAUGCUUGUGAUGAUGUUGCUUAUAUGAUGAUAAUGAUGAUGACAGACAACUCAUGGAAAAAUUCUUUCUUUACUUGCAAAGUUGAUGGAGGUUACAGCCCAUGGAGCGAGUUUGGUCUUUGCUCAAAAUCGUGCGGAACAGGAGGACUCCAGAAGCGCUAUAGGACAUGUUCAAACCCCGCUCCUAUGAACGGCGGAAAGCCCUGUUUUGGACAUCCUUAUCAAACUAGAGUUUGCUCAGUAAUACCUUGCCCAGGUACUAAAAGUAAUAUCAAAUAGGCCAUCUCCGAGUUCCAAAAACUCUCAUUUUCAAAACCAGGCUAACUGCAAAAACUUUUCUUGUAAAAAUGAGUUUCAUUUUAGAGGGAAUGAAAACCCAUUUUCAUAUCAUUCAAUGGCUUCGCACUUAGCCUCGCCUUGAAACAGAGGCCUGGGGCAAAUAGGAAUGGCUAAUUAGGAAAGCUAUAUCUUCCCGAGAUGAAGGAAUGUAGGCUCCGGGGCUCCCCUGCAACAAAUCUAAUGACCGCGCAUUUCCAGCAGACCCUAUGAACCUCAUUGCUUUUCCAGGGUUUUAACGCAAUUUCCAAAUUACAACUAAACAGCUACAUGUUUAAAGAUACUAAGUACCUCACUAGCCUGUGUAUAGACCUCCCUCCUCUCAGGAAAAAUCGGAAAAGGGGCGCUUCUCCGAUUUUUCCUGAGGGGAAGGGGGGAGGGGUCUGUACACUGGCUAGUACCUGACCAUCUAGAUGGCUAGAUGUGUUUCCUUUUCCGAUCACUCGUCAUAACAAUGUGUCCCAUUCACAAUCUCGAAGCUGGCUCAUUCCCACAACACGAUGAAAGAGAUUUUAAAAAAAUUUAUUUCAAUUUACAGUUGAUGGAGGAUACAGUAUGUGGUCUCCAUGGUUACCGUGCGAUGCAGACUGUGGAGGGGGGAUACAAGAGAGAAGCCGUUUCUGUAAUAACCCAGUUCCCCAACCAGGGGGAAAAGACUGCAGUAUCUUAGGUUCCAAUAAGGAAACACAAUUUUGCAACGUGUUUCCUUGUAGUGGUAAUUUUUAG